AUGGCCUCCAGCAAGUCAAAUUCCGUUUUGAAACCUGACCACGAUGGCAAAAGAACUAUAGCUUCAACCAUCAUUAUUCCCCCAACAAACUACCAAGACAAAGAGGCAUCGGCCGAUUCCAAAUUCAAGGCGAUUUUCGAUGAGCAUAUGAGUGCAAAGAAUGCUUCGAUUGCAUACCGCGAAGUACAUGUUCUUUUGUUGUCAUGGGACCGUAAAGAUGAUGAUCUCCACGUAGAACAAGAGGUUGCGGAUCUCGAGAAUGUAUUUCGGGAUAUUUUCAAAUAUAAAACGACACAAAAGAUUCUACAGCAGAAUCCAAGGAGGCAUCCGCAAGCUCAGAUCAACCUAUAUCUUGCCGAAUUUGUUCACAAUCAUGAUGAUCAAAAUACUCUUCUUAUUGUCUACUAUGCAGGGCAUGGCAAGCUUAGCGACGAUGGGGAUGGAUUAGCCUUGACUCCAUCAACAACUCAGCCAGACGAAGAAAAUGAGCUACAUGAGAUUGUUUGGAGCUCCGCGGAACACAACAUACAAAACACUCAAAGUGAUGUUCUUGUUAUAUUUGACUGCUGCAAUGCCGGCGAAAUGGAUCGCAGUGUCCGUGGCUCUGACUUCACCAGAAGAGCAUUUGAAUACAUGGCUGCAACUUCUCAGAAUUCAACUACGAGAAAGCCAGGUCCUAAAUCUUUCACCGCCGCCCUCAUCUGGGCUUUGAAAGAAUUGGUUCGUUUCAAGCCCGGGAAGCGGUUCAGUACGCAAGAACUGAUCCGAAAGAUCUACCGAGCACCCAACUUUCCUGAUACCCAGGCCCCAAGAUUAACAGAACGAGGUCCGAUAGGGUCUUUGAGGAAAAUUGUCCUUGUUCCUCUCAAUCAACAAUCAAAACCUGGGGUUCGAGGAGAUAAUAGCACUGGACACAUAGAUGAGAUAAAAGAGACCUUGAAUCUUCGAUUCGUCUUCAAUGGUGGAAUCACUAACAAGAUAGUCAGAGAACUUGCUAAGGAUUUGUCCAAUCUUAUCAGUGGGGGAGACUUUGUGGCAUCCACAGUCCUUUGGGAUGGGAUCAAUACUUCUAGUUCGACCAAAAAACGAUUCCGUGAUGUCGUCAGCCAUGUAAUUGGACAGAACCACGAAAGGAACCGAAAUAAAUUAUCGAUCACAAAUGUGGAUGGUGUCCAAUUCUCACCAAUCACACCAGUAACACCCACGAUACCACAAGAAUUGUCAAAUUCAUCCGAAGAUAGUGUCGAUUUUAUACCCAAUCCAGAGCGUCAACUUCCAAGCCCUUCACCAGAGAUUGCGAUAAAUGAAGGAGAGAGAAGCGCAGAAGACGAUGAUUCGGAUUUGUCUAAGAAGAGAAAACGAGAGGAGAGUACGAUUCACGACUCAGGAGCUGUCGAUGCGACAUGCAACUCGUCACUUACACCACGUCAGACACGACAAAACAUACAAACCUAUUUACACAGAAGGCACAACACACUCAAAUAUCCCGCGAAAUUCCCCUACAGAAACAAGCCAAGAUAA